GUAAGAAGGAGGAGAAGGCGGCGAAGGCGAAGGCGGCGGGCUGAGUUUCCCGGGGCCUCCUUUGCUUCUGGUCGCCAGCGGCGGGAUGAAGAUCGAGGAAGUGAAGAGCACGUCGAAGACGCAGCGCAUCGCUGCGCACAGCCAUGUCAAGGGCCUGGGGCUGGACGACAGCGGGGCGGCCAAGCCGGCGGCGGCCGGGCUGGUCGGGCAGGAGAACGCGCGGGAGGCUUGUGGUGUUAUUGUGGAAUUGAUCAGAAGCAAGAAGAUGGCUGGCAGAGCUGUGCUAUUGGCAGGACCUCCUGGAACUGGAAAGACUGCUUUGGCUUUGGCUAUUGCUCAGGAGUUGGGUAGUAAGGUUCCAUUUUGCCCUAUGGUUGGAAGUGAAGUGUACUCUACUGAAAUAAAGAAGACAGAGGUCUUGAUGGAAAAUUUCAGAAGAGCAAUUGGCUUGAGGAUUAAAGAAACCAAGGAAGUUUAUGAAGGUGAAGUCACAGAAUUAACUCCAUGUGAGACUGAGAACCCCAUGGGAGGAUAUGGCAAAACAAUUAGUCAUGUCAUUAUCGGACUCAAAACUGCAAAAGGAACUAAACAGCUCAAGUUGGACCCCAGCAUCUUUGAAAGUCUGCAGAAGGAAAGAGUAGAAGCUGGUGAUGUGAUUUACAUUGAAGCAAACAGUGGAGCUGUCAAGAGGCAAGGCAGGUGUGACACCUAUGCAACAGAGUUUGACCUUGAGGCUGAAGAGUAUGUUCCUUUGCCGAAAGGUGAUGUGCACAAGAAGAAAGAGAUUAUCCAGGAUGUAACUCUUCAUGACUUGGAUGUGGCCAAUGCUAGACCUCAGGGUGGGCAGGAUAUCCUCUCCAUGAUGGGACAGUUGAUGAAGCCUAAGAAAACUGAAAUCACAGACAAGCUUCGAGGAGAGAUCAACAAGGUAGUGAAUAAAUACAUUGAUCAAGGCAUUGCUGAGUUAGUCCCCGGAGUUCUCUUUGUGGAUGAGGUUCACAUGCUGGAUAUUGAGUGCUUCACAUAUUUGCACCGAGCCCUGGAAUCUUCUAUUGCUCCGAUUGUCAUCUUUGCUUCCAACCGGGGGAACUGUGUAAUCAGAGGUACAGAAGAUAUAAUCUCUCCUCAUGGGAUACCUCUGGAUCUUCUGGAUAGGGUGAUGAUAAUUAGAACCAUGUUAUACACGCCACAAGAAAUGAAGCAGAUCAUAAAGCUUCGUGCCCAGACAGAGAGUAUUAAUAUUAGUGAGGAGGCAUUGAACCAUCUUGGAGAAAUAGGCACCAAAACAACAUUAAGGUAUGCUGUGCAGUUACUCACACCAGCCAAUCUGCUGGCCAAGAUAAAUGGGAAAGACAGCAUAGAUAAGGAACAUGUUGAAGAAAUAAAUGAACUCUUCUAUGAUGCCAAAUCCUCGGCAAAAAUACUGGCGGAUCAACAGGAGAAAUACAUGAAGUGAAGAAGUUUGUUAGCCUUUCUAGUACUCAGAGCCUCUUUUAACAUUCUCCAAAUUUUAACUUUCACUGGAAUUGAAAAGUUCUUAAAUAUCACUAUACUGUUUUGUAGCAAGAAGCAGAAUUUCCUUUGUUCUUAGUUCACCAAGAUGGAAUGAAAUCAUCUCUGUCUGUGGUAUCUUCUUGUUUCAUAUAUUGAGUGCCUAUAUGAAAUGGAUGAAGGCUGGCAUACCCUUAUAUUCCUCUUCUAGAUUUGAUUGCUAAGUUGCUUAGAAAAGACAAUUUAUUUUCAUUAUUGGUUUUGUUUAAAAAUAAAUGUGAACUUGUUUUUAAAAUGUU